AUGGCUUGCAGCUCCCACAGCGAUGGCGUGCACGUUUGGGACUUGGAUUUGCAGCUCGAGGGCGACUACAGGCGCUUCCGGCCACAGCCCCGGGCCUGUUUGCCCAAGCCCUUCUUCCGGGCCAAGAAGCGCAAACACCACGAGGACAUCCUCAGCAAUUGGGACGCACAGACGAGCGCUCUGUCGCCUGAGCAAGAGAGGCUUCUGCUUCGGUGCCAAGAGAUGCCAAAGAUGCAAAGGCACCUUCAAUGCCAGGAGAGUUGUAUCGCGCGCGAGACGGAGACACUAGAUGUCCCAGAGGAGCUGGUCAUGGGGAGGUCCACGGUGGAAGUGGAACGGCGCGGCUUCGUGCUGCCGCAAGCAAGCGCCUGGGUCCAGGGCGAUGUCUUCCUUGGCGAUGUUCCACCGCCGAUCGCUUCGCGCUUUGCCGCCGUGGUGAUGGAUCCGCCUUGGGAAAGCAAAAGCCGAGGCGUGCGCUACGCCUCUUGCCGGCCCAUACAGCUCAAAGAGAUCCCCCUCGCACAGUUGUUGUCUCCUGAAGGAAUGUUGGCAGUUUGGGUGACCAAUGAUCCUAAGAAACAGGCCUUUGUCCUGGAAGAUCUCUUCCCACACUGGGGCCUGCGCCACACCAGCACUUGGACGUGGCUGAAGGUCCAGGUCACCAACUCCGGUGAGCUCAUCCUGCCCUUGGGUGCUUCGCGACCGCGCUUGCCCUACGAGAAGGUCUUGGUGGCCAGGAGAUCCACUCACCGGGCAUUUGAUGAGGAGAGUCGCCUCUUUGCCGCGGUGCCAGGCGUGCAUAGUCAGAAGCCCUUCUUGGACGCCUUUUUGCCGGAGGGCCCCAAGUUGGAGAUUUUCGCCCGGAAUCUCCGGCCCCAUUGGUGCAGCUGGGGCAACGAGGUGCUCCUCUUUCAAAGGUCCUGCCUCUUCCGCCCGGCGGAGGAAGACCUGGGCGCAGUGUUUGUGCUCUGCGGUGUGGGUCACGCCGCAGCCCAUUGGCGCGAGCGGACCCCAACGAGCGGGCCCAGCGAGUCAGCGGUUCGGCGCUUGAUCGUGGAUGGGGUUGAUCGAGGCAAAGCGGCCAAGUCGCAAAGGAUCAAGGGGUUGAAAGGGAACAUUUGGGGCGAACGAACUGAGGCCCACCCCUGGGUCCGGAAUAACCCCAAGGACGGGGCUGAGAAGACGAGCGAACUCGACACUCCUGAUGUGGCGGAGUAUUUGAUGCAGUGCGUUUGUAACGACCAGCUCAACAUCCAGCUGAAAGGUGUGCUUUGCAUCAAGCACAUCGCCGCGGAGGAUGUCACCUUCCAAAACUACCUCCUCUCGUGUCCUGGAGCUUUGAAGAUCAUGGAUGACAUUGCCGCCCCUCCAAUCGUACCUCAGGCCCGUGCCAUCGAGCCGCAGGAGGUACGAACGGUCCGCGACGCCACCAAGUCGGCGCUGGAGGCCAUUCGAACACCUCACAGCGUGGAGAAGUCCACGGCAGGUGCAUCUUUGAAGGCAAGAUGCCAGGGCUUUGGCAAUUUUGAGCCGCCACCGGAGGAGGAGCCCACGAAGAAAGCCGGGGUGGCCGGUCAGGCCGCGGAGUUUGUGGCCGAUUCCAUUGGUGACAUGGUCGAUGACUUCAAAGAGAAGGGUGCGGUGGGCGCUCUGAAGGAUGCUACUAUUGAUGCCCUGGACCUGGUCUUGGAUGGUGUGGACACCAUCUGGGGCUGGGUGGCCGGUUCAAAGGAGACCGACCAACCUCGCAUUUGUCAGCCUGUGAGCCAGCCGCAAGGGCCUGGGCAGUUUCCAGGGGCGCAGCCUGGGACUGGUGGGUAUUCGAGUGCCUCUGGAGCGCCCUUUCAACCACCAGUCCAGGCACCAAAAACAUCGGCGAACCAUUAUGCAGCUGCCUUUGGUGGUGGUGUCGUAGGUGCCAACAAUCCAGUGAUGGUGAGCGGCUUGCCGAAUGGUCAGCCAGCGCCCAACUUCCAAAGCUACGCCGGCGCCGCGGCCGCCGCGAGCGCCACGAGCGCCGCGAGCGCCGCGGCCGCCGCCUCCACGCCGGCGGAGCCAGCGGCGGAAGCUCCAAAAACGCCCAUGGUGGAUCUCUUGUCGAUGGAGGAGCCAGCUGCCAAGUCACCGGGUGGCGGCGGCGUUGACCUCUUGGGAGAUUUAUAG